GCUCUGGACAAUGAGCUCCCAGUGAUGGAACCAUACUUCGUCCAAAACCCAGACCUCUCUGACUCUGGUCCUGGUCUGAGAGUCACCUGGCUGGGGCACGCCACAGUUCUGGUUGAAAUGGACGGGCUGAAUAUUCUGACAGACCCGAUUUUCAGCCAGAGGGCUUCACCGUUCCAAUUCAUGGGGCCCAAAAGGUACAGAGGGCCCCCGUGCACUGUGGAACAGCUGCCCAGGAUCGAUGCUGUCGUCAUCAGUCAUUCUCAUUACGACCAUCUGGAUGCUGGAUCUGUGGCCAGCCUUAAUGCACGCUUUGGAGGGGAGCUACGCUGGUUCGUGCCCCUGGGUUUGAUGGACUGGCUGGUGAAGAUGGGCUGUGAGAAUGUGAUGGAGCUGGACUGGUGGGAGGAGAACUGUGUCCCAGGUCACGAUGAUGUGACAUUUGUCUGCACACCCUCUCAGCACUGGAGCAAACGCACUGCACUGGAUGAUAACAAG